GUAGGUGACGGUCUGAGACAGCACCGCCAAGCUGGGAACCAGGGAGAUGGCAGAGGCUGAACCCAAGACCGUGCAGGAUCUCACCUCGGGGCUGCAGACACUCCUGCAACAGAUGCAAGAUAAAUUUCAAACCAUGUCUGACCAGAUCAUUGGAAGAAUUGAUGACAUGAGCAGUCGCAUUGAUGGCCUGGAGAAAAACAUUGCAGACCUCAUGACACAGGCCGGGGUGGAAGAGCUGGACGGGGAAAGCAAGAUCCCUGCCACACAGAAGAGUUGAAGGUUGCUCAUCUG